CGACACCACUUGGCCAGACGGCUGGAAGGACUCGAUACUGGGGCCGUAUCAGGCCAAGGAUGCCCCUGUGCAAGAUAUGGCCCUGGCCGACACCGCGCUGCUCGCUGAUCUGCUGCUCAUGGCCAAGGACGGGACUGUCAAGGUGACGAGUGGCCAGAGUCCUUUAAGCACUUUGUGAAGCAGGCCCUGGAGCUCCGUCUGCCGAGGAACUUUGACGAACAUGACUAUGGUACCGCAGACCUGAUGCGUCCGAUAUGCAGCAGCCACAAGACGCAGAUUCCAAUGAAGAUGAAGAAGAAGCACGAGGUCGAUCGUCUGACAAACCUGGUGCGAGAUAAAGUUGAUGCCCAUCAGGCAUCUCUGGCCAUGGACAUUGGCGCUGGGCAGGGAUAUCUUACAUACAUGCUUGCCAUUUCGCAAGUUCCCAUGGUCGCUGUCGACUCUGACAGCCACCAAACCUGCGGAUCCAAGGCACGGCUCCUGAAGAACUCUCCCGAGAUCGGGGACAAGGUGCUCCACCUGACUCAGAAGCUUGACACGGACUCUCUCGUUGGCUUGGUGGAUCGGAUCGACAGGGGUGCUGUGCCAGAGGUCGACAAGAUGAUCAGCAGCAACACAUCCAGAUCGUCCUAUGUCGUGACGGGCUUACAUGCCUGCGGCGACUUAUCCAGCGCGAUGGUUGAGUCCUUCAUCCGAGACCAGCGAAUCCGCGCUCUGGUCGGGGUCGGUUGCUGCUACAAUCUCUUGACUGAAGGAGACCUGUCCCAUCCAAAUUGCAUAUUCGGCUUUCCCCUCAGCUCCAAGGUCAAGUCGUGGUUCGAGGAACAUGACUUUGGAUUUGGGCCCCGCACUCGCGGUCUGGCCUGUCAAGUAUCGAUCGAGGCCGUAUCGCUUACCCAGCUUCGCCACAUGCUCGAAGGAACUUACUACCGCAGCCUGCUUAACUAUGUCUUCUCGGAUCUCAAAUUGGACGGCCCGCGCACCGACGAAGGACAUUUGCGGAUCAAGCGGCUGCCACACGAGGCGUAUGACUCCUUCGUACUCUAUGCCCAGCAUGCCCUGUCCAAGGUAGGCAUGUCUGGAGCUGUUGACGAAGCCACCCUGCGACGCUACGACGAACAGAACCGCCAUAUGCUCCAAGCCAUGCAGCUCAUUUACAUGACGCGGGCGCUUCUCGGGCCCAUCAUCGAAAACGUCAUCUUGGUCGAUCGAGCAUUGCGGCUACAAGAGUCUGCUUCCGCCGCCGGCACCGACGUCGAAGUUGCUCUUCUCAACUUGUUUGAUGCCGAAUCAAGCCCUCGGAACAUGGUCCUGGUUGCUGAGAAACCACGACUGUGUCGAGAAAGUACCGACGCCGAGCUCCAGUCAGCGUGAUGGAUUUGUCUGUCGGGUUGAUGAGGGGCUUGA